GGCCACCUUAAACCAGAAAUAAAACACUGAAGUUGUUUUACCUGCAUAUGACUGUAUAUAAGUCCGUUUGAGGAAAUUUGGUUUAAGGUGGCCCUCGUGUUGAAAAUGGAUAAAAUAUGAAAAAAUCGUUCUCAAAAUUUACCUUGAGAUUUGGCAGCCUGUCAAAAGUUAAACCUUUAAACUUACAAGCCUGGGUGGCCUAGUGGUUUAGGUGCUCGGUAAUCUUACACUUAAACCAUACAUUCCCCGAGUUCAAGUCCAAUAUUUUUCCAAUCUAUUUUUUUUUUUUUUUUUUUUUUUGCUUUUCAUUUUUUUGGGGUCGUUUUCUUGAGGGGGGGGGUUAAAUGUGAUAUAUAUAUUAUAACAAAUAUUAGUCAUUUUCAUCAUAACUUCUAAUAUUUGCAAGUUACGACUUAAAGAAAGGGAAUUUAUUCCGAGAUCAUUGUAGUUCCGCUUGUUUACACUAACAUGUUCCUGUGUGCACAGGAAUUUCAAACCGUAAUGUGGCUGACGAAAAGCUAAACAAAUACUACAAGAAAAAGGACACAAAUGCACAGCAUGUAAUAAGUAAAAAUAAGUCAAGGGAGGAAAAGAACUGUUAUACAGUUUGACUUAAAAAAAACCAAACAAAACUCAUGUAGCAACUGUCAUAUGAUAUUUAGGCAUAGAUAAACACUCGAAUUAUCAACCAAAGGCAAAUGAACUGAUGACAUCUAUUAAAGGCGCUGCAAUCAUGUCAGAACAGUGAGUUAAGUAAUGCCAUAUGUAAAAGGGUUGUUGUGUAAUAUGAAUACACAGGUCUAUGAAAAUAUUGUACUGUUCAUCAUUCCAAAUAGGGAAAUGGUUUAUUAAGUAAAGAACGAUUCAUAUAAAUGUCAGUAAUGCUAAACUGCGGCAGUUAUUUAUUUUGGUUAACGAAACAUAAAAAACGUUGGCCUUAUAUUUAAAUAUAACACGCCAGUCUAUUAUUGGAAACCGGUGUUUUCCAUUUAGAUUUCUGAGUCGGCCGUAUCAUCAGCAAAUGCGCUAUACCUCUUUAAAAGAAAAUGUGGGGGAUGUAAUAAGAAUUGCAUAGUAGGAUAUAAUGAAAAUAUAUAAAUAUAAAUGAUAUCUAUGUUUAUGUAUUACAUAGAAGUCAAUGUAGAAACAAAAGUGAAUGUAAUAUUGAAAUAUAAACUUUCUCUUCCAGAUAUGUACAAAGCCAGCACUCAGUUAAAUAUACUUCUACUCCUGUGCUCAGCCAGGCAGACCCGAGGCCUUUUACGGGAAAAUACAUUAUCUCUGAUAUUUCUGCAGAAUCCAGACAAGCAACCAGUGAUCAAGGAGUGUCGGGUGUUGAAGAGUUCGAGCCAGGCCCAUCAAUCAGUAAGAAAACCAAAGUGUGCAUCAUCCUUUCUGAAUCCAUUUGAAUUGAGUAUUGACAUAUCAGAGGAAUCUGGCGCUUUAUAAGGAGAUGAUGAUGAAACAUACUAUCCAAGUUUCAACUUCCACUCAAUUAGAAGACGAUAAGAAAUCCAGAUUUGAAAAUUUACUCCUAUUCAGAGUGACAUGAACAUAUUUCAAAACUAUAUGACAGUGUAUAUACAAUAUUAAAUUUGCUGUAGGUAGACUGUAGUAAUAUUUUUCUGCUACCAAAGUUUUGAACACAUCAUUGACAUUACUUUAUA